AUGACGUCUAGAAGGUUUGACAUAGAGGAAGUUCUUGCUGAGCUCACCUUGGAAGAAAGAAUCAGUUUAUUGGCUGGUCUUGACUUCUGGCAUACUGUGAGUGUUCCAAGAGUGGGAAUUCCAAGUCUUCGUUUCAGUGAUGGACCCAAUGGUUUGAGAGGGACCAAGUUUUUCGAUUCAGUUCCAUCAGCCUGUUUCCCUUGUGGAACUGGAUUGGCUGCUACUUUCGACAAGGAAUUGCUCUUCGAAGCUGGUCAACUCAUGGGAGAAGAAGCCAAACACAAAGGUGCCCACGUGAUAUUGGGCCCUACCAUGAAUAUGCAAAGAGGUCCUCUUGGAGGUAGAGGGUUUGAAUCCUUCAGUGAAGAUCCACAUUUGACCGGUCAAGCUGCUUCGUCGAUUAUCCGUGGGAUCCAAGAUAAAGGAAUCGCUGCCACGGUCAAACACUUUGUAUGCAACGAUUUGGAAGAUCAAAGAAAUUCUAGUAACUCUAUCUUAACAGAAAGAGCUUUGCGCGAAAUCUACUUGGAGCCUUUCAGACUCGCUAUCAAAUAUGCUAACCCCAUCUGUGUCAUGACUUCAUACAAUAAGGUCAAUGGUGAGCAUGUUUCACAGUCAAAGAGGCUUCUUGAAGAAGUUCUCAGACAAGAAUGGAAAUGGGACGGCUGUAUCAUGUCUGAUUGGUACGGAGUCUACACUGCCAACAACGCAAUUGAAAACGGGUUGGAUCUCGAAAUGCCUGGACCUCCCAACUUCAGAAAGUUGACCGAAAUCAGAUCUAUGGUUGUUACCAAGGAAUUGCAUAUUAAGCACAUAGAUGAGAGAGUCAGAGGAGUUCUCAAACUCAUCAAAUAUGCUCUUCAGUCUGGUAUUCCAGAGAAUGCCCCAGAAGACACAUUAAAUAAUACGCCAGAAACCAGAAAACUCUUGCGUAAACUUGCACAUGACUCUGUGGUAUUGCUUAAAAACGAAGACAAUCUCUUGCCUCUCAGCAAAGACGAGAAGAUCGUUGUCAUUGGUCCAAAUGCCAAAUAUGCUGCGUACUGUGGAGGUGGCUCUGCUUCGCUCAGAGCCUACUACACUACGACUCCUUACGAUUCAAUUGCGGCUAAGACAUCUACUCCUAUAGAUUACACUGUGGGAGCCUAUGGUCAUAGAUUGCUUCCCGGCUUGGCUGCAAACUUAGUGAAUCCCAUCACAGGAAAGCCAGGUUACAACUGUAAAUUCUACCGUGAAACCGUGGGCUCUCCGGAAAGAACUUUGAUCGACGAAUACAAUCUCGACAUAUCCUAUAUCUUGCUUGUGGACUAUUAUAACGACUUGGCUCCAGACUCGGUCUUCUUUGUAGAUUUCGAAGGUGAGUUCACUCCAGACGAAACUGCAGAAUACGAAUUCGGUGCUUCAGUUCAGGGAACAGCCUUGAUUUACGUAGAUAACAAGUUAGUAGUUGACAACAAGACCAAGCAGAGAAGAGGAAACUCGUUCUUCAACUCUGGUUCUGCUGAAGAAAAAGGCACUCUUCUCUUGGAAAAGGGCAAGACCUACAAGGUGCGAAUCGAGUUCGGGUCUGGUCCAACCUUCACGUGUAGACAGGAAGGUUCUACAGUGGUAGCUGGAGGUGGUGGUAUUAACUUGGGUAUGGCCAAGGUGAUUGAUCCUGAAAUUGAGAUCCACAAGGCUGCCAAAUUGGCAAAAGAAGCUGACAAAGUUGUGUUGAACAUUGGCUUAAAUCAGGAAUGGGAGGCUGAAGGUUUUGACAGACCAGAUAUGGAGUUGGUUGGCUACCAAAACAAGUUGAUCGACGCUGUCUUGGCUGCUAACCCGAACACUGUAAUUGUUAACCAGUCUGGAACUCCUGUAGAAAUGCCGUGGUUGCCCAAGGCUAAGGCUGUACUCCAGGCUUGGUAUGGAGGUAAUGAAUCCGGCAAUGGUAUCGCAGAUGUACUCUUUGGUGACGUUAACCCCAGCGGUAAAUUGUCGUUGACGUUCCCCUUCAAAACCAUCGAUAAUCCUACCUAUUUGAACUUCAAGACUGAAAGAGGAAGAGUUCUCUACAACGAAGACAUCUUUGUAGGCUACAGAUUCUACGAAAAGAUGGGCCGUGACGUAGCCUUCCCCUUUGGCUUCGGAUUGUCGUACACCAACUUCGAGUUUGCAGAUGUAAACGUAGUAGUUGAAGAAUUGGACGACAACUUGGAGGUUUCUGUCACAGUAAGCAACACUGGUAAGGUAGACGGUGCUGAGGUGGUUCAAAUCUACAUCGGUAAGGAAGAUUCUGAUGUCAUCAGACCUGUGAAGGAGUUGAAGGGUUUCGAAAAAGUAUUCUUGAAGGCAGGCACUCAAGAAACUGUUAUCUCAACUUUGUCAUUGAAGGAGUCAGUAUCUUUCUUUGACGAAUAUCAAGAAAAGUGGUCAGUGCUUGCUGGUGAAUACCAAGUGUAUGUAGGCAACAGUAGUGACAAUGCCAACGCCAUUGGCACCUUUGUCAUUGAACGGGACUUCCUCUGGAUUGGCCGUUAGAGGUUUUGAUAGAAUAAAAACUUAUAUCGU